GAAGCCUGAAUGUGGUGGGUUUGUCCCAAAAUGAGCUGUAUUUCCUUACCUGGAGGUGGGAUGACACUGAAAUCAGAAAUGACAGCUGAUGUGUAUUUCACAACUGCAGGUUCAGCUCCACCAUCAUUGCCAGCAGUUACCAGCAGCUUCCAUCUCAGAGAUUAAAAUGAUGAUCAGCAGUGCCCAGGCUGAGCUGACCCCACCCGUCCCCAGCCCCUCCACCAAACUUACCUGGGAUGAAAGGCGUGGAAUGACAGGCACAGAGUGGAAUGACAGGCACAGAGUGCCAGAGCUGGCACAGAGGCUUCUUCUGCAGGCAUCUUGCUGGCUGUUUUAAGGUCUUCUGCCUCUAAGUGGCACCACGCUGGGUGAUUGAACACUUGCUGGAAUCUGUUCUACCUUUUAUUGUAAUGAUUUCUUACAGAGCUCCGACUUUCCAAACUCUGAACUUUCAAGAGUACUGCCUGGAUGUCAGAGCCCUUUUGUCAGAAAGACCAGAGCCUUCUGGAGAGAUGGGACCAAUACUACAGAAUCCCUUUGGAAAGCCACAGCUCUUAACCCUUCUCUGGGAAAGACUGAACUGGAGUUUUUUUGAGAAGGCUGUCACAUCCCUGGGAUUUGUGAUGGCAGGGAUUCAAAAGAGAGCCAGGCAGAUCUUCCCUGGUGUGAACUGCCAGAGGGUCACACUGAAUUGCACCCAUCCAUGACCUGGCUUAUGGUUUUGUAUGUGCUUAAAAUAACGAGGCCCAGACUGUCUCAUUUGCAGCUUCUGCUCAGAAAGCAGGAAAAAAUUUGGGAGAGGGAAGAGGGUGUCCCAGAAAGGAGGAGUCCAACCUCCAAACACACACAGUUAGCCUGGGAGCCCUGAAACUGCUGGAGCAAACUGCACUCCUCAAAGCAGCCAUGCAGCACAAGGGACAUUGCGCUUUUUAAAGCAGCAGAAAGAAAUCUCUCAGUGCCAUAAGGGUCUCAUAAUGCUAAAAUAUUUAGAUAUUCAACCAUCUACCGUGAAAUCUGCCUUUGCUUACUACGUUAUCCUCACACAUCUUGCAGAGUUCCAGGCUUUGCCCUCCUUUAAAAUGCAGUGAUGUUGUCCUGUCCCUACAUCCUAAAAGCAAAUCCACAGCCCAAACUCUACAGCUCACAGCAACAACCACCAAGAAAAUCACUGACACUUUAGGAGGCUCAGAAAAAAAGUCCACCAAGAGGAAAGUUUUUCUGUAUUUGAGGGAAGGUUGUCAGGACAGUAAUAUAGUACUGUGAGAGUGAAGACUGGGAGAUUUAUGUGCCAAUUCUGUGCAUGAUUUAUUUAGAUUAAUUGCUCUGUAUCAAUAUGUAAAAAUCCAAUAAAUAUAACUCCCUAUACAAAGGGCUGCUCCAAUCCCAAUGUUACAGUGGAGAGUUUUGGCACAAAGUCAGGAUGUGCAUUAAAAACACACUUUUUGAGAAGUCUAAUAAAUAAAAGCUCUGAAAUAUAGUUUCCCACUGGGAAAGGCAUUUUAAAUCAUUUUGAUAAAGAACUUAAAUUAGCCCUUAAAAGGAGGGGGAAGCUAGGUCCCUGUAACUAAUUAUUUAUAGCUAUUUUGAAUAUAAGAGCUCAAGAAAGCUGGUCUCUGUCCCCCAUUUUCUACCACAAUAAGUGGAAAAGAAAAAGCCAUUCUCCUCUCUUCCCCAACACAAUUAAAAGUGUUGGAAGGGCGAGGAGUAAAACAAAAUUCAAAUAGGAAACAGGCACCUGAACGAGGAAGCUUCACAUUUUCUGCCAAAAUAAAAGAUGUGGGCAGGAGAUGGGUCUUCAGUUCUCCUCUGCCUUACUCGAGGGAACUGGGCUCUUAACUCACUCCAACAUCCCAAAGAAGGAAUAUACUACAUUUGUUAAACACCAGCAGGAAUGUUUUUAGAAGGAAAUAAACAUCUGAAUAGCCCCAGUCUCUCUGAAAGUCAAAGCAAUUUAGAGAAUGCACAGCAGUCAGGAUUGCUGGGGACUUCAGCUUCUGAGUCACUUUGGUGCUCCUGAGUCUGUUACCCAAAAGCAGAGCUGGCUCAAAAGCACAGUGCCUGUGCUGGGGUUUCCUGCUGCUGUGGUUGUACCUGUCAGGCUUCCCACCGAGGUUACUGAGCUAUUAAUCUUGGACAGAAAGCAGCAUUGCCCUCUCCUUCUCAGCAGAUUGAUUCUCCCCCAGCUCCCUUCUCUUGCCGAGCAUGGGCGUCUCCCAGGACUCUGCCAAAGGAGAAGUUCAUCCUCUGCUCCGUCAGGAGGGUUUCCCUCUGAGCCUGAGUUCAUUCCUCUCUUUAGACCAGGCAUUCACACCUGUUUUGUUGCAGGGCUCAGGGAGGUUUUCUACAGAACUUGCAGGCCCAGGAGGUCACUAAGAGGUGGCAUUUUGAUAAAGGAGAGAAAGAAAGAUGUGCUUUGGAAAAAAGGGAGAGGCUCUUUGGGUCCAGAGUUUGACAGAGCCUACAUUUGGGUUGGCUGUGUGGCCAGAUCUUCAUGGGAAACACAAACACACCUUUCACUGAUCAGGACCAAGUCUUUUAGUGUCUUCCAAGACAAACUUUCACGCCAGAUGAGAUUCCAGACCUCUUUGCCAGCUUCCAGUCCUCCAGAACCACCACCAGCACAUCCAGGCGUGUCCUGUGAGGUCAGAAAGAGCAGAAGAGCUCAACCACAAAUCAGCAGUGCCCAGUCCUUCUAUCCAAAGCCAGCACAGAAAUAUGUGGCCAGGUUUUCAAAAGAGCUCAACAGCUUGAGGGCUUUGUUGAACGUCUGUCUGCAAACACAACAGUGGGAACUGCAAGAUGCAGCUCUGGAAAUCUGGCCCAGGCUGGGACUGCUCAAAAAACUGGCCAUGAACGUCUCUGAAAAUGCCAUGAAAUGUCCUGUGCUAUGA